CUCUUAUUUAGCCACUAGAGGUCCCAAGUGGCAAGAUGUCUAUGAGUCCUGAAUAUGAUUAUCUUUUUAAGUUAUUAUUGAUAGGAGACUCUGGUGUUGGUAAAUCUUGCCUGCUUCUUAGAUUUGCGGACGAUACAUACACAGAAAGUUAUAUCAGUACUAUUGGAGUUGAUUUUAAAAUAAGGACGAUAGAGCAGGAUGGUAAGACGAUAAAGCUUCAGAUUUGGGAUACAGCUGGUCAGGAAAGGUUCAGAACUAUUACUUCCUCUUAUUACAGGGGAGCACAUGGCAUUAUCAUCGUAUAUGACGUCACUGAUAAGGAGACGUUUAACAACGUGAAACAGUGGCUGCAAGAGAUUGACAGGUACGCAUGUGAUGGUGUUAAUAAACUGCUCGUUGGCAACAAAUGCGAUCUUACGCCCAAAAAGGUCGUCGAUUACACAACAGCUAAGGAAUACGCCGAUCAGCUUGAGAUACCGUUUUUAGAAACUUCAGCAAAAGACGCCACGAAUGUUGAAAGUGCUUUCCUUACGAUGGCAUCUGAAAUCAAAAACAGGGUGGGACCUCCAGUGAGCGCCUCGACUGGUCAAAAUACCGUCACAAUAAACGAUCAAUCGAAACCAGUACAGAGCGGUCCUGGGUGUUGCUAGGAGACAGAAGAUAUUGCGGAGUUACCCUCACUGGUUGAGGAGGCAGUCACGUGUCCAACCCACGUGUCACGUGACCAUAGUAACGCGACUCUUAAGAUUACAUUUUGUAGAGAAUUGCUGUUACUCAUGAUGAGAGCAAAUUCUCCAAUACCGCCCCCCCCCCCCCCCCCCCCCCCCCCCCCCCUUUAGAGUUCUUAUUAACAAUACGAGUCAUGUUUAGUUGGAUUAUAACCAAAUGUUCCCCCUUGUGAAGCACUUUGAGGGUACUGGUGGUCGUAUAGGCAGCCCAUUUACCCGAGUCUAAAGUUUAGUUUAUUGGAUAGAAGAAACCGAGAUCUUACAAAAUCAAAUUCCUCCUGCCAGAUUUUUGAGCAACCUUCGAACAUCUUUGCCUGGAAUCCAGUGUGAGCCCAAUUCAUGCCAACUGAAGCUAUUCGUUCAUUGCAUGUUAUGCGCUUAGCAAACCUGCGAGUAAUCGGGCUGGGACUAAUAUUUCUGAUAUUAACAUUUGUUAAAUCUCUAUUACUGUUCUCUAUGCGGAUAAUUAUAAACUCUUUAUAGGUAUAUGGGUCGCCAGGGACCCCCAUGCACCCUUGAUGAUGAUACCCCAAUUAGUUAUCGUAAUUAUUGUAAGCUCCUUUUUUAUUACCGUAAAAGUGUUGAAGUAUUUUAAGCAAGUAUUUCGCCUUGAUACCAACAAUAUUACCGAGUCAUCAAUUUUAUUUUUGUCUUAACUUUGCCAGAAGUUGAGUGUAAUAUAUCAUACUCCUAAUUUUGUGAAAAGUUGUAUAGAGAGCCCCCCUAUAAAAUGAAUUUAAAAUAAGUAAUAUUCAGAAACAUUAUACUACGCCAUAUAUUAAUGAUUUGUUUUCAUUCUUGACGAAUAUUAUGUAUGUUAAUCAUGGGUUUUUAGUAGAUAUAAGCUUAACUUUAACUUUGCCUCACCAUAUUUUCACGCCUCCUGUCAGACCUCAGGGUGGAAACUUCCAGGCGAUUUUCUAAUUGCCGACAAUUAACCAUGAUAAGAUGCUAUGAAUUACUUAUUAAUUGCUCGUAUAGAAUUGACAUAAACUUGUCAGUCAGACUGAAUAUGUCCUGCCUGCCCUUGUUAUAAGGUGGUAAUUAUAGGCGAACCUGGGGCUUUGUUACAAGAUUGAUUAAUUAGUCUAAUUGGAUUAAUUAAUUACUUGGUUAGAAUGUUAAAUUUGUUUGUUUUAAUGUUCUGUGCGAGUGUGUUGAUCAAAAUUUUAUAAUAAUACCUUGGCUCGAUAAUUAACUUUGUCUAUCAAUUCGUUAUGUGAAGUUUAAAA